AUGGCCACCGCCGAGACCGCGACGGUCUUCCUGGAGACGAGCCUUGGCACCCGCCUCGUCGUCUCCUUCCCCGCCCGCGCCACCACCGUCGCCGACCUCAAGCGCCAAGUGAGCGCGGAGCACGCCGCGUGUUUCCCCCGCACCGGGCCGAUUGUCGUCACUUCCUUGCAGAUUGAGCUCGAUGGUUCCUGGUUUCAGCUCACUGAUUCCAUGGUCGUGGAAGCAGCUUUCGAGUGGGUCAAGGGGCCAAGGCGCCUCCUGGUUGAGGCUCACGAGCUUCGUCCUCAUCCACCUGCUUGCAAGGAUGCCAAGUGUGGAACUGCUGAUGCUGAACCAAAUGCUGGCCAUCCAGUCGUCGCUGAGGACUCGUCGCAGUACAUGUUACCACCUGCAGAGGCCCCAGAAGGUGGCAAUCAUGCCACGGGCAAUGGCGUCAGUGACACCCGACAGCUGAAGAACGAGCAGGAUAAAGUUGUUGAGCUUGCUUCAUGUCAGCACGAAGAUGGAAUUGCUAUGCCUCAAAAAAGUUCAGAUAUUGAUUUAGCCAUAGGCGACAGUGGCACUGGAACCCCACUGGCAAACCAGGAGGACAAACCUCAGGAAUGUCUUGAGCAUGUCUCUCGUCAGCUCGAAGAUGGAAUUGCCAUGUCUCAAGAAAGUUCACAUUGUGAUUUAGCCGCAGGUGACAGUGAGACCUCACUGACAAACCAAGAGGACAAACUUCAGGGAUGUGUUGAGCCUGCCUCUGUUCAGCUGGAAGAUGGAACCACCAUGCCUCAAGAAAGUUCACAUUUUGGUUUAGCCACAGGCACCAAUAACACCCCACAGCAAAACCAGGAGGACGAACUUCAGGGAUGUGCUGAGCAUGCCUCUGUUCAGCUCGAAGAUGGAAUCACCAUGCUUCAAGAAAGUUCACAUUUUGAUUUAGCAACAGGCACCAAUAACAGCCCAUUGCCAAACCAGGAGGACAAACUUCAGGGAUGUGCUGAGCAUGCUUCUGUUCAGCUCGAAGAUGGAAUCACCAUGCCUCAAGAAAGUUCACAUUUUGAUUCAGCAACAGGCACCAAUAACAGCCCACUGCCAAACCAGGAGGACAAACUUCAGGGAUGUGCUGAGCAUGCUUCUGGUCACCUUGAAGAUGGAAUUACCAUGCCUCAGGAAGGUUCAGAUUCUGAUUUAGCAGCAGGAGGUAGUGACACUCUACCAAUGGACCAACAGGACAAAUUUCAUGAUGACGCUGAGCGUGCCUCAGGUCACAGUGAAGGUAGAACUACCAUGCCCCAAGAAAGUUCAGAUCUUGGUGUAGCAGCAGACAAAGAGAAUGAUCGUGCUGGGGAUCAACAAAAAGACAUCAUCAUGGAGCCAAGAGGGAAGAAACGGUUUAGGGAGGAAGAUGAAGCUGACAGAAACAUCGAUGUGAACUGUGAUGACAAUCUUUCCCAUUUUGUUAGCCCCACACCUAAGUUUGUGUCUGAGAAAAAGAGCAGUAUGAUUGAGCAAGCAAAAUUGGACAGUGCCCCCUUGCUGUAUAAUUUGGAAGAUUCCUCACGUGGUUUAUUGGAAAAGCCCUCUGGUGGCCAGAAGGAACAAUGGACAUCUGGUGUGUGCAGUGAAGGAAGCAUCAACAAUAGACCAGCUAUUCCACCUUGUGCUGAGUCCAUGGGAAAAGAUAAGUCUUCAGACAAAGAAGUGAUGACACAGAUAGGUGACAAGGAGGAACCUCAGAAAGCUGGGUGCACAGGUAAAAGCAGCUGCAAAAGAACAGAUGUUCCACAUUAUGUUGAGUCCAUGAAUGAAGGCAAUAAGAGGCCAGCUUCCAAUGUCCAUUUUCUCAACAAAGGGGAAAAUGAAAGGGCCACGUCAUCUGUGACCAAAGAACAUGAGCCUUGUUUCAGAAGAAGGCACCACCGGGUUGCUGUGCGUAAAGUGUCUAUGAGCAGGGCAAUGAAGGUAUAUCCUUUCAGGUAA